UUUCUACUUUUAAUUAUUUGGAACCCAACAAAUAUAUUUGGUAGAAAAUGUGUUCCGGAAGAUUUUCGUUAUGAAUACACAAAAUGUGAUGAGAAUGGUCAACGAUGGCGUGUUGCUGUUCCAAAAAUUGACGAUUUAAAAUGUGAAGUUGGAGUACCAUUACCGGAACGAGGAAUUAACUGCUCUUUUACUUGCGAUGCUGGAACUUAUUUGGAUAUAAAUACUCAGCGUUGUCAACUUUGUCCUAAAGGCACUUAUAGUUUGGGCAGCGGUAUUCGAUUUGAUACUUUUGAUCAAAUUCCACCAAAUUUUGAGAUAGAAAAUUUUGAUAUCACACCAGAAAGAAGCAUAAAUAGCUGGAUUGUACGGAACAACGAACUAAUAUAUGUACCUACACCAUGUUUGUCAAAACUUACUUAUAAUGUAGAUUUAGUACGGCCUGGUUAUAUUGAAUACGUAUAUCGGUUACCACGCAAUAGUCGAACGCUUGUUUUCAAUGUAGAUGUGAGAAACAAGCAGUGUAGAAAUUACAAUUAUGGAAUGAAACAACCGCUUGGAGAUAGUUUGAAUAAGAAAGUGUCAGAUGAUGAUGGUGACUGGCAUCGUGAUAGAAUUGAAUUACAACCAGGACAUAAUGUUAUCAGUUGGGCAGUAAUCAGCUAUCAAUUGGAUACUUUUUAUAGUGGUGAUGUGAUAACAAUAUCACAUAUUGAUAUAUAUGGCUCACAGCAAGUCUUAAAAUGUAGUAACUGUCCUGGUGGGACAUAUAGUGGUAUUGGAGCAAAACAAUGUAGAUCAUGUCGUGCUGGUUAUUACAGUCUUCCUGGUUCUGCUCAAUGUAUCAGUUGUCCUAAAACUCAAUACUCUCGUGCGAGAUCUACAUUUUGCACUAACAGGCCUAUUUGCUCACAAAAUGAUUACUAUCCAAUAUUGGAACCAUGCGUAAAUGGUAAAACACGUACAAUAUUUGUUAAGGUUCAGCCAAGUGUAUGUCGAGAUGAUCUAAGUGGUGCUGUUAAAAUCCCAGACAGUAGUGAAGAGAUUUUAUGCCCAAAGUGUAAUCCUGGAAUGCAUUUAAAUCCGGCUGGACAAUGUACAUUUUGUCCAAAGGACCAUUACUCACGUGGUGAUGAAUGUCGUCGAUGUCCAGUUGAUACUUUACCAAAUUAUGGAUAUCAGUAUAUUGUUUGGAAUUCAAUUCCACCAAAUAUGUAUACUAAAUGUGAAUAUAUAGUUGAAGGUGAUUCAAUGAGAUGCGCUAUUGAUAAUUCUUGGAUACCAUCUGGUAAUAUGAUUCAAAGCUCACCAACACAAGAGAAAGGUGUAGCUUUAGAACUUGGUUUAAGAAUUCGUGAUGGUUUUUCUAAUCCUCUACUUGCAUUUGAUGAACCAAUUUCAUCGCACAAUCCUGUUUCACAUAUCACGUUUGAUUUUGAAACCAAAUGUGCUGAUGAUAGCUGCACGCUUUAUUUUAUCGAAGAUAUUCCAUCACAGUCAUAUUAUCGCCUUCUAGCUGAUUUUAGUGGUACUCAACAUUACCAGUCAUAUUUUUAUCCAAUUAUUUCUCCGAAUCCAACAAAAUUUUUGUUUGUAUUCAUUAGAUCACGGAGUUCUACAAAAGAAGACGUCGUAACAGAUCGUGCCUUUAUUUAUCGAAUUAAUGUAACAAAUGUAGGAGAAGAGUCAGGUGGUGCCUCAAGUUGCUUGCAGUGUCCAAAAUCCAAUGGAAAAUGUGUACAGUGUUUAGCUGGUGAAUACAUCUCAGAAGUAGAUAGCGAGUGUAAGAAAUGCCCGCACGGUUUGGUAUUAAAUACUACAAGUGAUCGAAUGGGAAUUAAAAGUUGUAUACCAUGUGGCACCAACCUUAUUUCACCGGAUGGUAUACAGUGCACGUCAAAUGGUUUAUUAGCAAUACAAAAUUCCGUUACAAAUAAAACACAUCACUUUAACUUUACAUAUUUUUUCAAUCGUUCAUUUACUGCAGAAGGAGUAAAAAUAUUUGCACGUGAGGGGACUUCAUAUUUUCAUUUGUAUAAUAUUUCACUUCUAACAGAAAAUGGUGCAGAAUGCAGUGAUACCUACACUUUAUCAGAAUCCGAAAAUGUCCCUUCUUUUGUUACUCAGAAUCCAGAAAUUCUAAAUGCAUAUAUUUGCCGUUCAACAGCGCUUCCUGCAUACUCUACUUCUAAUGCUACUCAGCAUAUUUUACAUAUCUCCCCUGUCAUAAUUGGCGACAAAAUUUUGGCUAUCACAGCUGAAAGACAAUUGAAUGAAUACGUAAAAUUGAGCGAAUUUGAUUCCAUAGAUGAUAAUAAUAAAAGCAAUGCAUCUGCAUCUCCUGAUAUUCAUUUUUUCUUUGGCUCAUCUGGAGCAGCAACACAACUUUGCUCUCAUGGAGUGCAUACCGCUGUAACGUUGAAAUGUGAUCCACGACAAACUAUGGAACCACUAGUGAAACUUCCAAGCAAAUGUCCCGAUGGUACUUGUGAUGGCUGUUUGUAUCAUAUUAUCGUACAGUCAUCUUAUGCUUGUCCAGUUUGUACUGAAGAAGAUUACAAUAUAUUCAAAGGUGAAUGUAUCAAUGGAAUGCAAUCUGUACAUAGUAUACCUGCAAGCUAUUGUAUUUCUACACAUAUACAAAGCAAAGAUCAUACAGAAGCUUGUACAACGCUUACUCUACGACUUCAACUUCUUAUUUUUGGAAUAUUCGUAACUGUAAUAAUUUUAUGUAUUAUUAUUAUCAUGGUUUACAGGAAAAAUAAAAAUCUGGAAUAUAAGUAUAUGAAACUUGUGGAAUGGAAAGAUAAUACAAAAGAUUUGCGAUCACUUACAGCUGAAUCAUGUGGAGUAACAGAUGGAGAUAAUGAAGAUGAUGAUGACGAAGAUCAGGACCGUAUAUUUUUUUCUCGGAAGAAAAGAGGGCCAUACCGCGGUUACAAGAAAGAACGAAGUACAUCUCGUAAAAGUGAUAAAGACGAUGGUGGACACAUGCCAUUUGUUCCAUUAGAUCAGACAGACUAAUU